AUGGGCUGCAUCGGCUCCCGGACCGUGGGGAAUGAGGUGAUUGCAGUGGAUUGGAAGGGUCUGAAGGAUGUGGACCAAAUCAACAUGGACAGCACCAGCUCGCUGCACGGAAGCAGCCUCCACCGGCCAUCUACAGAGCAAACCCGAACUGAUUUCUCCUGGGAUGGCAUCAAUCUGUCCAUGGAGGACACCACUUCCAUUCUUCCGAAGCUUAAGCGAAACUCUAACGCCUAUGGCAUUGGAGCCCUGGCCAAGUCAUCAUUCUCAGGGAUUUCAAGAAGCAUGAAGGACCAUGUGACGAAGCCCACAGCCAUGGGGCAAGGCCGGGUGGCCCACAUGAUUGAGUGGCAGGGCUGGGGGAAGGCACCAGCCAUUCAGCCACAACACAGCCACGAGGCGGUGCGCAGAGAUACCGAUGCCUACUCCGACCUCAGCGAUGGCGAGAAGGAGGCACGUUUCCUUGCAGGCGUCAUGGAACAGUUUGCCAUUUCUGAGGCCACACUCAUGGCCUGGUCUUCCAUGGAUGGUGAGGACAUGAGUGUCAACUCUGCCCAGGAGCCAUUGGGCUGCAACUAUAGUGACAACUACCAGGAGUUGAUGGAGAGUCAAGAUGCCCUCACUCAAGCCCCCAUGGAUGGAUGGCCUCACUCCUAUGUCUCCCAGGGCAUGUACUGUCUGGGAUCAUCAGAUGCCUGGGAAGCAAGCGACCAGUCCCUCAUUGCCUCUCCAGCCACAGGAUCUUAUCUUGGCCCUGCAUUUGAUGACUCACAGCCAAGCUUACAUGAAAUGGGGCCUUCCCAACCUGCUUCUGGAUACUCUGCUCAGGAGCCUCCACCUUUGCUGGGGGGAGACACUGACUGGGCUCCAGGGAUGGGUGGGGUGGACCUGGCAAGGGGCUCUGCAGAGGAGGAGAAGAGGCCCUUGGCCCCCGAGGAGGAAGAAGAUGCGGGAUGUAGGGACCUGGAAUCACUUUCCCCACGAGAAGACCCCGAGAUGGCCACUGCUCUCAGCCGAAAGGUAUCUGACGUCACAUCCUCAGGUGUGCAGUCCUUUGAUGAGGAGGAGGGUGAGGCCAACAACUAG